AUUUUCCUCUCCAGUAGCAUUUUGAUCAGACUCCGAAGCUGACGCUAGCGCGAUGUUGUCUUAAAAAGAAGAAGAAAAAAACAGUUUUAUCCACUUUUUAGCGCUAAAAGCAUAUUUUUCUGUUGCCGUGUCGACAUUUUAUUUUAUUGUUUCGCCCCCACAUCCUGUGAUCUCCUAAUUUGAUCUCCCACCCCAUUCACAUUUGAAUUAGACAUAUCAAGUGAAGGUAAAAUGUUCCUGACACAUCAUUCAAUGAGGCUGAUCUCCAUUGUGGGCUUCCUGAUGGUGCUGCUGUUUGCAGCCACCACAGCCACGGAAGAAGGUGUGGAGAAGACGGGGAAACUCGUUUUUGCACAUGUGAUGUAUCGACACGGCGACAGGACUCCGAUUGAUCCCUACCCCAAUGAUCCCUACCGGACACCAACGGAAUGGGAUGGAGUCGAUUGGGGUCAACUAACAAAUGUGGGCAAGAGGCAACACUACGAAUUGGGAAAAUGGUUGAGGAAUCGCUAUGGGAGUCUUGUGAAUGAAACCUACUCCCGCAAUGAGAUCUUCGUACGAUCCACCGACGUGGAGAGAACACUCCAGAGUGCUCUGUCCAACCUGGCGGGUUUCUUCCCUCCAAUGGGCCAUGAUGUGUGGAAUGAGGAUCUCAAAUGGCAACCAAUCCCGGUGCAUACAAUGCCCGAAAAAUUGGAUCUCUUAUUGGCUUCCAAGAAGGCCUGCCCGGCGUAUCAGUAUGCCCUGAAGAAGCGACGUCGUUCGGAGGAAUACAAGGAGCUCAAUAAGAGAUUCCAGGGGCUGUAUGAAUACCUUUCAGCAAAUACUGGGCGCCAAAUAAAUAGCCUCGAGGGGGUUCAGAUGCUCUACAGUUGCUUACUCAUCGAAUCGAUUCACAACAAAACCCUCCCCGAAUGGACCAAGCCCAUCUUCCCGGGUGACAUGGAAUGGAUUUCAGCGAAAUCCUUCAGCACGUACUGCAGCACCCCGCAGCUGGCACGCCUAAAGUCCGGUCCGAUUCUCAAGGAAAUGCUGGAACGUUUCAAGAAUAAAACUUUAGGGACUCUGAAACCUGAUCGAUCGCUGUGGAUUUACAGUGCCCAUGACACCACCGUUGCCAACCUCCUCAACAUCCUUGGCCUCUUCGACCCACCCCAUAGCCCACCAUUCGCAGCGUGCGUGAUGCUGGAGAUGCGAUUGAUUGAUGAAAAGCCCUACAUUUCGGUUUUCUACAAAAACACAACAGCUGAACCCGAAGCAAUGAACAUCCCCCGGUGUGGCCCAUCGUGCCCUCUUGACAAAAUGUUCACACUCUACAAGGAUCUCUUGCCAACAGAUUGGGAGGCUGAAUGCAAGCUCCCCCUCAUGACCAUGAGCUACGAGGAGGUAGACCUCUCUUCGCCGUCCUCUCCAACUUAUUGUAUUGCUCCGAGCUUGUGGGAUUCAUUUGAGGAUUGCGAUGCAAUACAAAGUCAUUGCAGUAAGCAAGGGACGAGCUACAUCCAACAAUUUCUUACAGAUGAUAGUACUUAAACUUUAGAAAGCUUUAGAAGAGUGAAAAUAAAAUUUGCAAUAACAGUACAAUGUAACUACUUUCUUUAGUUUGUUUUUUAGAAACUUUUUUGUAGUAAAUUAAAGAUUGAUUUAAAAGAAAAAAAUGUUUUGGAUUUUCUUUUUAUUGUAAAUCAUGGAAAAUGGUAGCACUGUGAUCAUUUUUUUUUCAAUUAAUUUAUUAAUUAAAAUAAUAUCUAUGUAGUUCAUUUUAUGCUUCAUUUAUGCUAACAUGCUAUAUCAUGAAGAAGAGACAAGAAAAGCAUAUUUUUUCUAUUUCAUUAAAGUCGUUGCUGUGACUGUGCUUGUUACAUCCUGCCUUGCACUUCUUCUUGUCCUGAUGCUCGUCUAUGCUGCCAUCACCUACAACCGUCGUCGGCACUACCAGGAACUCUACAACAUUCGCACGGGACCAUCGAGGAGAUCACAAUUGAUCUGAACGAGCAAACUAGACUAACUUUUCUUUUCCUAUUUUCACGCCUUUUCACGCGCGCUUUCAUCCUUCAAUUGCUGCUUUUAAAAUCUUUUUCUUUAAACACCCUAUAUGCUAUUUUAUGCUACAACAAUAACUUCAUUCUAAAAGACGAGAUUUCCUUCCCAACAUGAGACUGCUGUUAAUCGAUCAAAUUCCCAGAUUUUAUAAAAAUUAUUUCUGUUAUUUGUGUGUUUGUUGUGUGUGUUGAAGGGACGCAGAUUGAAGCUUUUAAUACAAUUUAAACAAUUUUAUCACAAUGAAUAUUUAUCCAACGCCAUUGACAGAAAAAAAACCUACUCAGAGACCAAAUAUCUCGGGAGAUUUUAUGAGAGCAUAGAAAUAUAUAUAUUUUCGCUAAAAAACGUUGAAGAUUUGUAAAAUUUUAACAAGAAAAAAAACCAAAAUUUGUGUCUCAAAUAUUUUUAUUCUUAAAAUCAUUAUUCAGAGUUUGAUAAAUAAAUAUUUGGAAAGAUUAUA